AGCUGUGACGUCGUGUCUUGUCAUAUGAUUGUGGUUCAUGUUAGGAUCACGCCGCCGCUUUCAUCCACGCUCAGUCGGGAAUACAGGAAGAAACAGAUUGAGAGUAAUAUCAACACUCAAAGGAAAUCGCCGCAUCAUGCUAGCGCUCAUCAACAAACUGCUAGAAUGGUUCAAGUCCUUGUUUUGGAAAGAAGAAAUGGAGCUGACUUUGGUCGGGCUACAAUAUUCUGGGAAGACGACCUUUGUAAAUGUCAUAGCGUCUGGGCAGUUUACUGAAGACAUGAUUCCAACUGUGGGCUUUAAUAUGAGAAAAAUUACAAAAGGGAAUGUUACAAUAAAAAUAUGGGACAUUGGAGGACAGCCACGAUUUCGUAGUAUGUGGGAAAGAUACUGCAGAGGGGUAAAUGCAAUAGUAUAUAUGGUUGAUGCAGCAGACUUAGAAAAAGUUGAAGCUUCAAAAAAUGAAUUGCAUAACUUGUUAGAUAAACCUCAAUUACAUGGAAUACCAGUUUUAGUCUUAGGCAACAAAAGGGACAUUAAUGGUGCUUUGGAUGAAAAAGAACUUAUAGAAAAACUGAACUUGGUAGCAAUUCAAGAUAGAGAAAUCUGCUGCUAUUCAAUAUCUUGUAAAGAGAAAGACAACAUAGAUAUUACACUACAGUGGCUUAUUCAGCACUCAAAAUCAAGACGUUGCUGAAGCAUGUUUGUUGAUGAAGUCAGCCUGUUGAGCCUUUCUUAGACACCGAAGACUUGGAACUUUCUGAGAAAAAUUGUUAUUCAUGUCCCUGGAAUUAUAUAUUAAAAAGCUUUAAGGAAUGAUUACUUGAUGGCAGUUACUUAAGUAAUUUAAUGACUGCCAAGAAAAAAAUUAAGAUAACUUAAAGAGACAUGCUGCCUUUCAAAAAGGAACAAAGGUAUUUAAGUACAGUCUGGGGUCAGUUUUUGCAUGUGCUUUGUCAUAUGUGUUCUAGUGCUGUGCUUUAUUGUUUUAAUUAUUUUUUAAAACAAUUACAAAAUGCACA